GCGGUUUUGCCGCGCCAACCGGUGCGUCCUUGCUUCGGGCCAUUUGCUACCGAUCCAAGGUACGUUGGUUUGCGUGCGCUGUAAUGGAUUGCAUGGGACGCUCAUGGUUACGGGCGCCACGGACACGCGCCAGUCAUCGCCCAAGCACCUUGCGAUAACGGGAAUCUCCACGAUUGCGCAAUGUCUUGACUCCCGUGAUUCGCACUCACUUGACCGCGGGCCGAGACUCACAACGAGCGCCAACCUAUGGCCAACAUUGAAUUCGUGAUGCUUUCUCCACGGUGCUGUGUGCGUUUGGAAGGAGGAGCAUUCCCAUCGAGGGUUGUUGCGACGUGUAUGCUCAGAGUGCUCUCGCAUAACCCGCCUCCCUCGUGUAAUGUAUCUGUGGCGCGCAUGCAUGCUUCACGAGCUUUCGGCAGAAAAUGUACUCCCAAGGAGGUCGGUAUGAUGUGCCCUCUUUCGUUCAGCACGACUAGUCGACACCAGGACAUGAAACUGCUCCAUCUCCCGAGCAACGACCAACGCGUCGAGAGUACGAGCGGUCCAUACCUCGGGUACCCCUUGCUGUGGUUCCACCUAUGCAGAAGUGACAAAGAUGAGUGCUGAGCCGGC